GGCUGGCUGGUGCGACGCAGCAUCGCUCGACGUCGACCUCUAGCCAUCACUUGGUGUUCCUUCCUGCCUAGCUGUGUUCCCUUUGCCCCUCCUCUACACCCUCACUCUGUCUCUCUCCUUGCCGCGAUGGCGUCCAUCGUAGCCAUCGUCGACAUCAAGGGCAAGUCGCUCAUUCAGCGCACCUUUCGUGAUGACGUGCCCGUAGCCGCUGUCGAGCGCUUCCUUCCUCAACUUCUCGACAUGGAGGAAGAGGCCGGUGGCAGCGCAGUAGCACCUUGCUUCACAUCAGAAGGCGUCAACUACAUGUUCAUUCGACACAACAAUCUCUACCUCGUCGCGUUGUCACGUCGCAACUCGAAUGCAGCAGAGCUUCUCCUGUUCCUUCACAAGCUGGCGUCAGUUCUCGAGGAGUAUUUCAAGGAGUUGGAGGAGGAGUCGAUCCGAGACAACUUUGUCAUCAUCUAUGAGCUACUCGAUGAGAUGAUGGACUUUGGCUACCCCCAAACGACCGAGUCCAAGAUCUUGCAAGAGUACAUCACUCAAGAGUCGCACAAGCUCGAAGUUCAAGCACGCCCGCCGAUGGCAGUAACAAAUGCAGUCUCGUGGCGUAGCGAGGGCAUCCGCUACCGCAAGAACGAGGUCUUCCUUGACGUUGUCGAGUCGGUCAACUUGCUCGUCAAUGCGAACGGCAACGUGGUGCGCAGCGAGAUUUUGGGGGCUAUCAAGAUGAAAUGUUACUUGAGCGGCAUGCCUGAGCUGAGGUUGGGUCUGAACGAUAAGGUCAUGUUCGAGAAUACGGGGAGGGCCGCGAGAGGCAAGGCGAUCGAGAUGGAAGACGUCAAGUUCCAUCAAUGCGUCCGUCUCUCUCGAUUCGAGAACGACCGUACCAUCUCUUUCAUCCCUCCGGACGGCGAGUUCGAGCUCAUGUCGUAUCGUCUCUCGACGCAGGUCAAGCCUCUCAUCUGGGCAGAGGCCGUAGUAGAGCGCCAUGAAGGCUCGCGUAUCGAGUUCAUGGUCAAGGUGAAAGCCCAAUUCAAGCGCAGGUCAACGGCAAAUAAUGUAGAGGUUCAUGUUCCGGUACCGGACGAUGCGGAUUCGCCCAAGUUCAGGGCGGCGGUGGGGAGCGUUCAUUAUGCGCCGGAGAGCUCGGCGAUGGUGUGGAAGAUUAAGCAACUGGGUGGUGGGAAGGAGUACCUCAUGAGGGCGCAUUUUGGUUUGCCGUCUGUCAGGAGCACGGACGAUGCUAUCGGGGGCAUGGGUGGCGCGGAGAGGAGGAAGCCCAUCUCUAUCAGGUUCGAGAUCCCGUACUUUACCGUAAGCGGGAUCGCUGUUCGCUACCUCAAGAUCACAGAGAAGAGCGGAUACGCAGCUCUGCCGUGGGUCCGGUACAUCACGCAGCAGUCGGGCACGUCAGGGUACGAUCUGAGAACCAUCAGCGACAAGAGUCAGGCGGCCCCACUGGCACCUUUCAGUGCCGGAUGA